AUGUCUCUCGGCAGACAUGCCUACAGGCAUGCUGUACAUCCAGUCUCAUCAUCGUCGGGGUUAAUCGACCACGUCUGGAUCAGCGAUGAUCUGUUGGCGUCGACCUUCCGAAGCUUCGUCAAGAGUCAACGACGCCAUGCAAGCCGCGUCCCGGGCCCAUUGGAGGCUCGACGACGGCUGGCGAAGAGAAAAAACUGCGCGCUCGCUCCAAUGACCGGUGCGCUGCCCCCGGAUCCCCAUCUGUUCGGGCGCGGAGGCCGACAACAUUUUCUGUGGAACGGCGAUCACGCGCCAGCAUCUUCACCACUAUCUUCUCCUAAUGAUGCCACCCACUCGAAUGGGUUCGUUGAGGUGAACGACCUAUCAGAAUCGGCAGAUCAUAGCGAACUCCUCCCAUCCAAAGACAUUUUGAGGACGCGUUUGGAAACCUGCCCGUCACUCGAGGAGGUCACGAGUUUGAUAAAUGCGAUGGAUAUAAAUCUUCAGCAUGAGCCGGGCUACGGUCGCAUAAUAUUCGAUCACUACUUUUCGCGGUUUGCGCUGGGCGAAUCAGACGCCCAGGAGCUGUCUCUGUUUCUGGAUCAUCGCAUACUCAAUACUCCAGGAGCCGGGAAUUUCCCGGUUGUUGCAAAGUACAUUGUUCAACCCGCGACAGACUUAAGAGAGCGCGCUGUAUUGUUUGCGAGCAUUCUCAGGGCUAUCAGAGUCGGUGCGAUAGUUCCAUCUGAGCUUCUGCAGGUCAUCGGGACCUUGCAAAAGUUGCCCGAUGUGGUGGUCGCCACGACGAAUUGGCCGACAGCCGAGACACAACUCAAUGGCCCAAGCGGCGUGAUGGAAGCAUAUCAGAAAAUCUGCGAUGUUCUCGAGUCCACAGUCCAGGGCGGUAAAUACAAGAAUUUGGACGAGGAUACAGCCAAUCUAUGGCUUAAAAUCAUAUGGGAGCGGAAUGUACUUGCUGAGUUGAGGCUGGCACACAGGAUUCUGGCUCGUGCUCGGCAUCUUCGUUCCACCUGUGCCUUCUGGGGCCCACGGUUCAUCAUCCGCUGGCUUGAACUUCCGGACGAGCUCCGGGAUGAGAUCGAUCCUUCCUACACAAAUUUACUCUUCCACAGGUUUCAUUUCAAUGCAGUAGGUGCAACUAUCAUAUCGGUUACAGAAUAUUUAGUUCUGGCUCAGAAGCAGCAUCUGCUGCCCAGGUGGCAUGACUGUCUGAUUUCAAUCCCCACGGUUCGAGACAUCCCUAAGGCAGGGGCGUGGGUUGACGCACGAUCGCAAAUUCCAGCAACAUCGAGUCAUCCUGGGCUGUCAGUUCAACAACGUUUUCUUCUGCGCUUUUGGGUCUUCCGUGCUCUGAACUUGAGUCAUGCAGCGGGUCCUACUCGGGAUAAAAAGCCUUACAUGAUAGGGACAAGGCAUCUUCUACAUAAUGCACCUGCACGGCCGAUUGAGAAAUGGGGGGCGCGAGUGCUCAGCCUCUACCAGGCUUACCGAACGAACUACAAGAAGAAAGACCUCGUGAGCAGUCUUUUAGAUGAUGCGCGUGAGUUGGGGCUGCCUGCCAACGGGCUCACAAUCUUGGCUCUUUCAUACCGGACCAGAAACGCCCCCAACAAAACGACUAGGGCGGCUCUGAAAGCUUUAGAGACGUCGGAUGUCUCUUUCAACGAUCUGUUUCGAGACAGUGAAACGCCGUACACUCUUCUCCUUCAGUUCGCACCCGCCUUUUCGAAGAUAGCGCGGGAGAUAGACAUCGAAUCACCGUCUUUCAUGGAGCGUGCUCUAGAACUGGCCAGAACGGGGAACCGGUCAGAAGUCCAACUAUUGUUUCGCAUCUUCGACUGGCAUGUUCCCCUCAAGAUCGCACUGGCGAAAUCAUGGCAGCCUCGUCCCGAUCCUUCCCAGCUUGCGCUUGUGGUCUAUGAGUCUCGAGACAGGAGAAAACACCCCGACCCUCACGCUGCGCUCAAUAUGAUAAAUACUUUUGCUGUGGCUCUGUCAUGCUCGCAGCAUCUCACCCCGCGGCAAUCCUAUCGAUUGAUUUAUUGGCUGUACGUCUACUUGAUGAGGCAUCAAGCACCUGUGCAACCGAUCAUUGUCCGCGCUAUGUAUCAUGCUGGCGUCGUGCGCGCCCGACAAGAAAUGAGGGGCAUGUUCUGUGAGACGCAGUUCAAGUACAUCAUGCACAAGGUACAAGAGGUCGAGUCGCCGGAGGUUGUGAGAGCGCUGAGAAACCCGAAUUUCGUGUGGAGGGACGAAGGAAGUGACUAG